UAAAUAAACCUGUGAAUAAUAGCGCUACUCCAUCUUCAUGUCGGAACAAUCCUAGAGCUUACGGUCAGCCAUCAGUUAAUUUUUACAAUGAGUCACAAUCUGGAUCGGGUUACUUUGAAGAAAUUGAGAACUUUGAUGUACUGUCUGGUCGUCUCUGUCUUUUCGCUGAUGGUUCUGAUCUUUACCAGCAGGUUCCAAGGGAUGUUCAAAGUCCAGGCUGUAACACACCCUGUGUUACAAUCAUCAGUCAUGCCAACUGUGCAUCAGAACACAACCCCAGGAAACACCGUCCUUAGGGGACAGUCAGCCCAGCUGAUUAGAGUCAAUGGCUCCAAAACACUCCUGUCAUCUGCUUAUUUGGAACAUCGCACUAAAGCGAAAGAGAUUCGAGUUAUUGCAAUAGUGUUGCGCAGUGAGAAAAUAGACCUUUGGUGCCACCUUCUCUGCCGGGAUCAGCUGCAGAUGUCUAAAGCCAUCAUCAGCAUCCACAGUGACCACUUUCGCUUUCCCUACGGGACAGCCGACAUCAUGUGUCAAAUCCCUUCAGGCUGUGAGAUACCUUCUCAUGUUGCCAUCACCUCAUCUGCCAUCAAAAACAAAGAAAAAGAUGAUCUCGAGUUUCUGGAGAUUAACAAUCAAAAAGCCCAGAGCAACUCCUUUCCUUAUAACUUCACCACCUGUUUUUCUGCCAUGUAUAACUUCACCAAUGUCUUGCAGCUGGUGCAGACUUUGGAAAUGCUUCAAUUACUGGGAGUGAACAGAGUCGUGAUAUACAAAACAAACUGCAGUACCGAAGUUCAGCGUGUGCUGGAAUAUUAUUCAGGCAAAGGUUUAGUUGAGGUGAUUCCUUGGUCUAUGUCCAAGUAUCUCAAGGUGUCUAGAAGAGCGUUUUAUGAUAGAGACCCUGCUGACAUCCACUACUUUGCUCAGAUCCCUGCUCUCAAUGACUGCCUUUACAGAUACAUGUACCAGUCCAAAUACAUGGCCCUACAUGAUCCCGAUGAGCUCAUACUGCCACAGUCAGUCAACAGCUGGUUGGAGUUGCUGCCAAUGCUGGAAAAGAAACACGGUGCUGACAGUUGUUACAAUUUUGAGACCCACGUGAUCCCCAGUAAUUUUGUGAAGCCUCCACCAGAACCGGUGACCCUGCCCCCACAGGACCUAUGGCAGAAGAUAUCGGGAGAAAACAUCCUGACUCACCUCUACAGAGAGCCCUUCCACCCUUUCUGGGGUCGUCAGAACUAUAAGAUCAUUAUCAACCCACGAGCUGUUUUUGAACUAACUGUCCAUGGAGUGUUAAAGUCGAAGAAAUCCUGUGCCUGGGUUGAUAGCAACAUAGCCCGGAUUUAUCAUAUUAAACCUCGAGAUCUCACCGAACUGAAGCCUGAUCAGAUGAUUUACGAUGGCAGACUGCUGAGCUACAGCUCUCGUCUUUCAUCUGCUGUCAAUACUGUGCUCAGACAGACUGGAAUUCUACCGGCUUCAAGCAGCAGUUGAUCUAAAGCCAAAGCCAUGGAUAAAUGAGGUCAGACUGCUAUGCUCCACGCCCACCUUACAUCCUGCUGUGCUCAAAGAGACUGGACAUCUGGCUGCAGGGAGCAUGAACUAGACUCUAUGGACCAUUGUUAUAUAAACCCACCUAGAUUAUCAUAUCCAUUACAUCUACAGUCAAAAUGUGUAUAGUUCCUUAGAAUAAUGGUUAUUAUUUUGUGAUAUUAAAAGGUCACAUAUAUAAAUUGCCAAGCAAUGUGAAAUUACUAGUAGGAAGGUUUAUGUUGCUAUAGGUUUAGACUGCUGGAGGAUAUAGGGUCCCCUUUUCUUCAUUUUGCUUCAUUCUAUCUUUAUUCUGUCAUUCUGCAGUAUUAAUUAAUUCAACCUCUUUAUUUAUGCUCUCUCUGCUAUUUCUAAUCAUAGUACCUUCAUCUGGUUUGUUCCUGUUUUGCUAUGACACCAUCCCUGAGAAAAAUAGCAGAUGUGCUGCUGCCAUUAAUGCCUUUGUCUAUAGAUGUUGGAGCUUGGCCUGCUUUUUUAUUGCAGUCAUGUUUCUCUAACUGUGACUACCUGGAUGUGCUCUCUUUCAUCCUCUGACAUGGGAGCUGGCUCGGAGCUCGUCUGCCUGGCUGUAUGUUCCCAGGGCCACCUAUGGAGCUGGUGACAGUUACCUUUUGUAUCCCUCUUCCUUACCGUAUGUUUGCUUCUGCCUCCUUUAAUCCCAGUCAGCCUCUGUAAAUGGACGCUCACACUGAGCCUGGUUCUGCUGGAGGUUUCUUCCUGUUAAAAUCCCUCACACAAGCAUGCUUAGUGUGAGGGAUUGCU